AUGGCUUCCGCUAUCAAGAGUGCCCUCCCCUCGCGCCUCAAGCCUGACGACAACCAGGAAGCUCAGGACAAUGGCGAGAGGCAUCACGGAAAGACUCGCAGCCACAUGGUGGUAGCAAACAGCGGCCGCGGGGACUACGGGCUCAUUGACCUGGCGUGUUCAACGUUCAAGACCCUGACAUACUCGCCAUUUACUGCCUUCCCCAUCUCGCCUUCGGCGAAAUACACCAUCAUGCCCGAGUCCAUUGCGACCAGUCAAAGUCAGCCGCUAACAAGCUCCGGACAGGCUUUCGAGAACACCUCCACGAACGUUGCGGCUGCGCAGAUGCGCAACUCGCUGACCAACCUCGCGGAGACUGUCACCGACCCCGCCCAGAAGAAGCUCUUUGAGACUGAGAUGGACAACUUCUUCGCCCUGUUCCGCCGCUACUUGAACGACAAGGCCAAAGGCAACGCCGUGGACUGGGACCGCAUCGCCCCGCCCGCCCAGGGCCAGGUCGUCGACUACGAGGAUCUCGCCAACACCGAGUCUGUGCAGUUCCUCAACAAGCUUGCUGUUCUCAAGCUCAAUGGUGGUCUUGGUACCUCUAUGGGCUGUGUCGGUCCCAAGUCCGUCAUCGAGGUUCGCGACGGCAUGUCUUUCCUCGACCUGUCGGUCCGCCAGAUUGAGUACCUGAACCGCACCUACGACGUCAACGUGCCUUUCAUCCUGAUGAACUCCUUCAACACCAACGACGACACCGCUGCCAUUAUCAAGAAGUACGAGGGUCACAACGUUGACAUCCUCACCUUCAACCAGUCUCGCUACCCCCGUAUCUACAAGGACUCGCUCCUGCCGGUCCCCAAGAGCAACGACUCGUCCAUCAACGAGUGGUACCCUCCCGGCCACGGUGACGUGUUCGAGUCGCUCUACAACUCUGGCAUCCUCGACCAGCUUAUUGAGCGUGGCAUCGAGAUCCUCUUCCUGUCCAACGUGGACAACCUGGGCGCCGUCGUCGACCUCCGCAUCCUCCAGCACAUGGUGGAGACCAAGUCCGAGUACAUUAUGGAGUUGACCAACAAGACCAAGGCUGAUGUCAAGGGUGGAACCAUCAUCGACUACGAGGGCUCUGUUCGUCUGCUCGAGAUUGCCCAGGUCCCCAAGGAGCACGUGAACGAGUUCAAGUCGAUCAAGAAGUUCAAGUACUUCAAUACCAACAACAUUUGGCUGAACCUGCAAGCUAUCAAGCGUGUUGUGGAGAACGACGAGCUGGAGAUGGAGAUCAUCCCCAACGGCAAGACGAUCCCGGGUGACAAGAAGGGCGAGUCGGACAUUAGCAUCAUCCAGCUGGAGACUGCUGUUGGCGCGGCCAUCCGGCACUUCAACAACGCGCACGGCGUCAACGUGCCGCGUCGCCGCUUCCUGCCCGUCAAGACAUGCUCUGAUCUGAUGCUGGUCAAGUCGGAUCUGUAUCAGCUUAAGCAUGGUCAGCUCCAGAUGAGCGCCGCUCGAUUUGGCGAUGCCCCGCUUAUCAAGCUCGGCAGCGACUUCAAGAAGGUGUCUGACUUCCAGAAGCGCAUCCCCUCGAUCCCCAAGGUUCUCGAGCUGGACCACCUCACCAUUACCGGUGCGGUCAACCUGGGCCGUGGCGUGACGCUCAAGGGCACCGUUAUCAUCGUGGCGACUGAGGGCCAGACGAUUGACGUCCCGCCAGGCUCGAUCCUGGAGAACGUGGUUGUCCAGGGUAGCUUGCGCCUGCUUGAGCACUAA